AUGGUAAGAGCUGUCUGCCAAGAAGGGUGCAAGUUUGUUGCCUAUCUAACAAAGCUACCAAGGGAGAGGAGCUACCAACUAAGGACAUUGACAUUGGAACACACUUGCUCUAGAAGUUAUAAGAAUCCUAGGUGUACUUCAUCAUACAUUGGGAAGAAGUUGAUGAAGAAGGUGAAAAGACAGCUUAAUAUCAAGUUGAGAGACAUCCAAGAGGCUGUCCAUGACAAGUAUACCCUAAACAUAAGUGCAGGAAAAGCAAGUAGGGCUAGGGAUAAGGCUCAAGAAUAUGUUGAUGGGGCUUAUACACAACAGUUCAACCAGCUAUGGGAGUACUGUGAGGAAUUAAGGAGGGCUAGUCCUGGUAGUGCCAUACUUAUGAAGGUACAUACCUUCCAUGAUGGUGAUUUAGCAGUUGAGAUGGAUUUGGUGUGUGGGGUGCCUUAUUUUGAGAGGCUAUACAUAUGUUUGGAGGGCUGCAAGAAGGUGGUAGAGGUUGAAACCAAGGACUCUUGUACUUGGUUCAUCAAUCUGUUACUUGCAGACAUAGGUCAGAAUAGGAGAUGGGUGUUUAUGUCAGACCAACAGAAAGGGUUGGUACAAACUUUCAUUGAUAACUGGACACGGUAUGAACAUAGGAUUUGUUACAGGCACCUCUACAACAACUUUAGGAAGAACCGUCCUGGUGUUCUGAUUAGAGAAUUGUUUUGGAGGACAGCCAAGACAACUUAUAAAGAAGAGUUUGAUAGGGUGAUGGAUGAGCUGAAGGGUAUUGAUGCUAAUGCACACAGUUGGUUGGAUGCUCAUUCAACAACAAAAUGA